AUGUCAUCAUUAGUUGAUAUGUUAACUAAUAAAGAUGGUGUAAUCAACUUUAUCUAUGAAAAUUCUUUGAAUCAUUUUGAUUUCAUAUUAAAUUCUGUUUGGCCAAUUGUUUCCGAGUAUAUUGUAUCUAACACAAAAGCUACAUCUACAUCUACCAAAGAAAUGCAUUCAAUAUAUGUUCAAACACAAAAAUUGUUCCGCGAAAUUAGAAAUUUGUGCAGAAAUCAACACUCAUUUGAUCAAUCAAUAAAUGAACAGAACAUAUAUGGAAAACUCAACCUACAAUUCUAUCCACAGUUACUUUUAGCUGAAAUUGCUCCCGAAAUUGAAAAAAUUAAAAAUUCAAAUCCAGUUUUGAUUUCAGGAGAAUUCAAGGUAUCAACAUCAUAUCAAUUGUUUGAAAUCAUUAAGAGACUGUUUGGAGACGAGUACUAUAUCGAAAAUGAAAUAAAGGAAAUUGUAAUAAUAGCAAUGAAAAUUUGUUUAGUUUACAAAGAAAUUUGUCAAAGGACAACAACAUUCAAAACGCAUUUUGCAUUUGACAUCUCAACGUUUGUAACAAAACUUAGAGAAGUGAUGCCUAAAGAGUGUGAAAAUCCCAUUAAUCUGAUUGAGUCUUCUUUAUUAGAAACAAAAAUACAAAGAGAAGAUGAAACAUUAAAAGAAAUAUUGCAAAAAACGGAUGCAAAUUUGUUUUGGAUACUUAAUUUACCAGAGAGAAUUAUUGAAAGCCAUAUACAUAAAUCAAAGCUUCCUUCCGCAAGCUCAGUCCUAGUUGAUUCCAUUUUUAAAAUAGAUAAUGAUUGGAUUAACUUAGGAACAUUUACUUCACUUGUUUAUGAUGGAAUAAUGCAAAUAAUCACUCAGAAGAUGAUCAAUUUAGUUAAGUCUGUUCCAAAAAAAGUUGAAUUUGCAAAUAGACGUAUUGAAGAUAGUGAAAACAAGAAUGAGAAAGAGAAAAUGGAUCCUAAACAAGUUGAAGAAGAACUCAAACACUUGCUUUUGGACUAUCUUCACAUGAUCGCUUUGGAAGCAACAAGAAAACUCAAUAUUAAUGCAACAGAAAACCAAACUUAUCAAGAGAUUUAUAAAUAUCUCAAUUAG